AAAUGAUGAUCAUCAUCUUCAACUACUCCUCGACUUACAUACCAGUAAAAUACCCUUAAUCUAAAGUGAAUUUAUAGCUAGAAACAAUGACUGCACGGGGCCCCAAAGCGACGAGGCUUGAGAACCCGCGGUCCCGGCGUUUACACGCACGUCGAACGUUUUCCCGGAUGGCCCCACGGAAACCGGACACAAUGGAGUCACUUCCGUUGAGCACAAGGCCAGAAAUCGGACGUGGGGAGACCACACCGCGCCUGUGUACCACCAACGUUAUCUCGCCACCUAUGUUCUGCCCCCUACGGCUCGUCUAUACGAAUCAUUCAUCGAAACGAUUCUUCCAUCAGCGUUGCUUUCCUUCCCCCCUCUCGUCGUGCGGGUGUUAUGCAUUAUUUCCACGGUUUACGUCGAUUUUGACCGUCAGUUUGAUUACAGGUGCCAUUCGCGUUGGACGAUUCUGUUGGGAUUUUCGUUGGGCCACUGGAGGCCCUAUCGAACAUCGAGUUCGAGUUGUAGAUAGAUCAUCCUCUGGAGACAUCGAUCCCUUUCGCGGAUUGGUUCGUUCUUCGGGACCACGACGAACGUGUGUGAAGCUUGUCGACCACCUUUCUUUCCACCGAUGUUGGAACGACCACUGAACGGCGAGCCAACAAAUAAAAAUGAAAAAGUUUAACAACAUAUCGGAUAUACUACAAACGAUCUCCGUGCUAGCUACCUUAAAAGUGGUAGUUAACGGACAAACCACAUGCAAUGGCGGUUUAGGUCGAGUCGUUUACGAGAGACUUCCGGACCAACAGCUUCAGGGCUUCGACGAUGACGUGGUGCGAGACUCAGCCCCGCCGUUCAGAGUUUUGGAAAAGUGUCAGGAGCUCUGUCUGCGGGAUCGAACAGCGACGAACAACCUGGUGCGCGCGUGCACGAGCUUUGACUUCCAACCUGGCAGCAGAAUAGCGUCCUUCAGCGGGGCUGCUGAGUACGAGGAAAGCACUUGCUACUUAACGAGAGAACAAGCGCAACCAGAAGGCAUCGGGAACCUGAUGCUUGUGCCAAACAGCGUCCACUUCACGGAAGUUUGUCUCGGCUCUGACAGGAUAGAAAGAGAAUGCCCGAAUAGGCGCUACGUUUUUGAGAGACAUCCCAGGAAGAAACUGAAACUACCAUUAACGGACAUCAAGGAAGUUAGCGCAGCGAACAGAACAGACUGCGAGGAUAGAUGUCUCAACGAAUUCAGUUUCAUUUGCCGAUCGGCGACCUACGACACAGCCCUAAGGAGCUGUGCCCUAAGUCGUUUCACCAGAAGAACACAUCCUGAAUUAUUAGAAGACGAUCCAAAUUCUGAUUAUCUAGAGAACACAUGCCUCAAUGCGGAGCGCCGCUGCGACGGCCUAGCUGUGUUCGUGAAAGAGGAGAACAAGCGUCUCCGAGGGCCCUUCGAAGUCGACAUCUACACGAACCUAACUUUGGACGAGUGUCAAGCUCUCUGUCUCAGAGCUGAAAAAUAUUUCUGUCGGAGCGUGGAGUUCGACGAGCAGACGCGACAAUGCGUCAUCUCGGAGGAGGACUCCGUCUCCCAGAAGGACGACAUCGGGAUAAGCAACAGCCCGAGCCACCACUUCUACGAUUUGGUUUGUCUGGACAAUCAUCCGCCCAUAGCACGCGGCUCCGAGUACCCAGACAGCAGCUCCUCAUCGCACCUCUUCUCCGACGGACGUCGACCUGACACCGCCUUCCAGCGGUACCGGAACUCGCGUUUAAGCGGGGAAUUCCACUCGGAAAUAACCGGGCGCAGCUUGAGCGAAUGCCUCGACGAGUGUCUUCGACAGACCAGCUUUCAAUGCAGGAGCGCAGUUUACUCCGAGCAUUACCACACUUGUCGACUGAGUCGAUUCAAUCAACGAGAUGGCCACAGGAUCAUCUACGAUGCGGAUUACGAUUACUACGAGAACCUUAUGCAUCAAUACUUGGAUGGGGAUCGAGACAGUCCUGGAUACCGACCAGAUCCCUUGGGACAGGAUACGAAUUUUGGACGACCGUCCUUAGGACGACCUGGCUAUCCAGACGAUUACGACAAGGGAUACACCAGCAGCGUGAAGCCAGAUCGGUUCCCAGAUCGCCACCCUGACCGUUAUCCUGACCGUUAUCCUGACCGUUUCCCAGAUCGUUAUCCCGACAGAUACCCAGAUCGAUAUCCUGAUAAAUACCCCGAUCGAUACCCUGACAAAUACCCAGAUAGAUACCCAGAUCGUUAUCCUGACAAAUACCCAGAUCGUUAUCCAGACAAGUAUCCAGAUCGUUACCCAGACAAGUAUCCAGAUCGCUAUCCUGACCGUUUCCCAGCAGACAGAUACCCAGACAGAUACCCGAUGAGUGGACACUAUCCAAUCGGAGCUGGAGGAGACUUCCCAGACCCCAUAGAUCGGUAUCCAGGUAACGAUCGCUAUCCUAUAGAUCGUUACCCAGUGAGCGAUCGUUACCCAAUUGGAGACAGAUAUCCAUCCUCUGACAGAUACCCAGCCUCUGAUAGAUACCCAUCCUCUGAUAGAUACCCGAUUUCCGAUCGAUUCCCGAUCAGAGGCGGCGAUCGUCGUCCUGUGCCUGCGGAUCGAUACCCAAUUCCCGAUCCAGCCAUAGACAGAUAUCCAACGAACCCUCGAUUCCCAACUGGAGUCGGUAGCAGGUACCCGAUAUCCCCUACUCGCUAUCCGAGCGACAGCGAUCGGUAUCCCAACGCCAUUGACCGAUACCCCGUUCCAGAGGACCCCUUGGAUCGAUAUCCCUCAGGAUUAGGUGGGGCCAGGCCUCACGCUGAUCGAUAUCCCAUCAGUGAAAGAUACCCGGACAAGGACCUUUAUCCCAACCGGUACCCUCCACCCCCAGCUCACGGAAGUGGCUACCCAAUCGACGACGGCUAUGGACCCCAAUCGCACCCAGAACGCCCCCCCUUCGGCGCAGCUGGGCCCACGCGUCCUUUAGGCUUCGGAGGAUACAACAACGACGGUGGUAGUAUAAUUGGCGGAGGCUACGUGGGUGAGGGUGGAGUCUACAACACCAGACCCUUCGGGACGAGCGGUGGUCCCAUCAUUGGUCGUCCCCCUCUGGUCUCGAGAUGCGACGAACAGGACAAUUUCCGUCAAGUGGGCCCCCACACCAGGGUCCGAAAACCGUUCGUCAGACGGUACACAACCGCCUCCUCCCUUGCUCAGUGUGAAAGGGAAUGCGCCGACGCCAGGGACUUCGUCUGCAGGUCUUUCAACUAUCGGCCCUACGCAGCCCCAUUUGGCGCUGAAAGGGACAACUGCGAGCUCAGCGACAGGGACUCCAGGGACAUGGACAUGGGGAACCCUGUCUACUAUGACACAGGCUCCGAUUACGAUUUCUACGAGAGGAACAACGGUAGACAGGGCGUGGACGCUGAAUGUCUCGACGUGAGUCAAGUCUGUAGCGAAGAUGGAAUGGAGUUUACGUUAAGGACACCGGAAGGAUUCAUCGGCCGGAUAUACACGUACGGCUAUUACGAUCGCUGCUUCUUCCGUGGGAAUGGCGGAACCGUAAACGUGCUGAGAAUCAGCGGUCCUCAGGGUUACCCCGAAUGCGGAACUCAAAGAUACGGCGACACAAUGACGAACAUCGUUGUGGUGCAGUUCUCCGACUACGUGCAAACCGGAAGGGACAAACGUUUCAAUCUCACCUGCCUGUUUCGAGGCCCUGGCGAAGCUGUCGUCACGUCCGGCUACAUCGGUGCCGGGUAUGCCAGGUCAGGGUCUCCGAUCCCUAUCGAAUAUCUUCCAGCAGAAAAUACCUUGAGUUCUCGAGUGCGUCUGCUUAUUCUCUAUCAAGGCAGGCCCACAACCACCAUCGCUGUCGGUGACCCACUCACCUUCAGGCUAGAAGCCCAGGAUGGGUACAAUUAUGUGACUGACAUCUUCGCCACCAACGUCAUAGCGAGAGAUCCUUAUUCUGGAAGGAGCGUUCAACUAAUAGACAGAUACGGCUGUCCAGUGGACAACUACGUGUUCCCAGGAUUAGAUCGUUUGCGAGAAGGAGACAGCCUCGAGGCGCGUUUCAACGCCUUCAAAAUCCCGGAAUCCAAUUUCUUAGUGUUCGAGGCGACUGUGAGGACGUGCAGGGACGGUUGUCAGCCUGCUUACUGUUCUGGUGGCACCGGAAGAAGCGAGCCGUCUUUUGGAAGGAGGCGAAGAGACAUCUCGACCAAUGAUACGGUCAAUGAAGAAAAUGAAAUGACCACGAUAAUCGAGAAUAAUGCAAACGACACGUCCUCAGCAACCAAUUCCACGAACGUCGAUGACAUUCACACUGAAGAAGAGGAGGAGGAGGAGGAGGAACACGUCAGAGAAAUGAUUGAGGUGCUAGAUUCAAGAAUGGAGAUCGACGAAGAAACGAUGAUGGAGAGACAGACCACCAUUAUGGAGAACGUUUGCAUAACACCCAACGAGUAUUACGGACUCGUGACAGCGGUGGCAGUCCUCGUGGUGCUUCUAGCUUCCGUAGUAUUGUUGUCCAUGCUGAUCUACAGAAAAUACGCUUACGCGGUGAUCACGAAGAACCGUAGAGUUGAUAAAGCAUGCAAUCGCAGCAGUCAUUCGGAUGACGCUUACAGCAGUCGAGCGAAUAAUUUCUCCUUCCUACGGACAGGCCUUCAGAAACCGUUUCAAUCGACGUCGAUCUCCAGAUCCAUGAGCAACGUGAUUAGUCAACGCGUGAGCUCAUCGUCUACAGCUCUGGAGGGUGCCGUGGGAUUGUCGUCCAGCAGAAGGACUGGCUUCGACCCCAGCGAACCUAUUUACACCGAUCCAUCGCUCUUCGAGGUCGCUCGCUGCUCGUCGCCUAAACCUGCACUCAAUGAUAACUUCCAUCUGAUGUAAAAUAAGGGAAAC